CAAAUGUUAUUUCUCAAAAUUCUUACUUUCAAGCCGGAACUAUUCUACUACAGAACUCUUCCCCAAUCUUGUUUCGGCAAUCGCGAGGAGACAGAAGCGCGUGACAAUAGGGCUCAGCAAAAUGAUUGGAUGUCGUUCACCGCGCGAUAACACUCUCUUGCCUGGAAUCUUGACCGAGGAACUCUGGCAGGGCGAUCGUGAACCAAUCAACCUCUUUUUGAAUCAGUGACUGAGUGUGCCAGCCAUGCAUACCAUUGCAUGCAUGGAACUCAUGCGACGUGUCAGCGACGCGACAUGGCUCACUGUUGCACAAGGCUCUUACCUGCCUGCAUUUACUCACCUUAUCCUCAUCGCUCCUCCUCCCAACUUCCCCAAUAUUCAUAUAUACAGAAUGGCAGCCAGCAUAAAAUCCUCGACGAGAGCUCCUCCUGUCAGGAAAGAGAUGGCUCGACUUUCGGGCAAGAUGGAAUGGCUUGAUGAUCGGUGGUGGCGAGAGUUCCUGACUGCGCGUCGAAAGUUCUUAUCAGAGAAAGCAAUACCUGCAAAACCGUCUGUAGCACAAAGAAUUGAGGUGGAAGCAAAUCUGAAGGAUUGGGUGAAUAGUUCGACGGCGUGGUGGGGUGGACCUGAUAGCUGCUGGGCGGAGGAUGGAUCUAUUAUUGAGUGGCAUCUUGGCCAGUACAUCCGAGCGAGAAAGGACAGAGAUUCAGGUAAGUAUCGAUUCGACUCGGUGUCUGCUACCGAAUGGAAUGUUAAGUAGCAAUCGAUGAGCAGAUCCUCAACCAGAGGAAAGUGCCCAGCCUCCUCACACGGGGAGCCAGAUAGAUGAGGGCCCCAUACCAUUUGAUCCAGUCAGGAAUGUUUAAUAAAUGCGCUAUGUGCAAUUGUCAGUGCAUGUCAUGGAAAGAAAGAAAGAAAGAAACUAUGAGCAGAGUCAACAUGCCAUUCGUGUUCCGCUGCUGAAGUCUUCUUGCAGCUUUUUACUGUAUAAUACUCAGUUUUCCACGAGUCUAAAAUUAGGCGAAUGGAAAGUAACAGAUAUGUACUCGGUUGUUCCAAUCGAAUCAAGUCGACCUCAUUGUAGGAUAAUCAAGAUUUUAGGACCUAGAAGGACGACAGUCGUAAGAUUGACUGUACUCGCCUAAAAGUCAACAACGGCCGAGUCUCCACUCUUAUCUCCAAGCGUGGUAUGAAGAUUUAGUAACUGAUGCGGAUGCGCUAUUUGCUCCCUGUUUACCUUGUUCGUAUAUCAAACUUCGUCAUGC